UAAUUUGAGGUCAGAUAGAAUAGCAUGGAGGAUAUAUGUACUCACCGACUUUCGACGAAGCAUCAGUAAGACUAUUUAGAGUUGUACUUUUCCCUGAAGAGGGCUUGCCUACGAGGCCGAUCAGAGGAUCUCGUGGCAUAUCGUGCGGUGGUUAGAGAGAUGUGUUGAAGAUGAUCUUGCAUAAACAUAAAAUUUGUGUAGGCGCGGGGUUGAUACCUGAGGCAGAAAACAGUAGAUUAUUCUUAAAGUGGAAGUCUUAAGAUCAUUGUCACUCAGCUCUCCAAAACAUGUGCAUAUAUCUGGUAUCAGUAGACUUGUUACUUAUUAUCUGCUCAAUUUACACAUUGGCACAUAUUUACAGAUUCAUAAGGACUCGUGCCUAGCAAUCUACACUUAGAAAGUAACUGCCCUUUAGGCCGUCAACGAGUUACACUUUUUGACUUUUUGAAGAUUGGAUGUCUUUUGAGUAUGCCCACGAGCUCAGCUAGAGUUUAGAUGAACAUGUAAGAGGUCAGGCCCGAUAUUCAACAGAUCUGUAUCAAUGUUCCACGGACCGUGGCUUUGAUGAACAGGGACACGCUUCAUGUCUACUCUCUUCUUGAUCUAGUGCGAUUCCCAAACCAUAUAUAGCUUCUAUGAUCCUCCGCGCUGACAUCGGUAUGCAGUUUCUGCCCACGAAAUCCAAGCCCGACUAUGUAGCUAUUCUCUCAUGAGAAACUUUGCUUAAAUCGUGAUCUUCAGCCAAUUAUCCUUCUUGACUUGCAAUUUGAUGCUCUGAGGUACCACCCUUCUUGCAACGCUUUCUUAUAUCAACGCUGACCUGGUAACUCUCCAUAUCUUCCAUUUGGAGCGAACAAAGCUCUAUUUAUAUUCAAGAAAUCAAGCUUCGGCAGAUGGAAACCCACGUCCGUGUGCAAAAUACCGUCUCGCGCCCCUAAGCUAGAAGCUAGACCCAGUACCGUAACUUCAUACGUAAACGCACUCGCGCAUAGACAUCGACAAUCGAGGCGAGGUCUGUCUAGGAUGGCAACAAUGUUAACAAUUAUCGUGAUCAUGGAAUAGAUACCUAGUCCACGUUGAUUGUGAAUCAAUGCAUCUUAACCAUUCUCACUAUCCCAUUGUCAUUUCAAUUG